AUGGCUGUGGAUGAGGACGAAGUCUCGCAACUCAAAUCGAACGCGGACAACUUAGCAAAAUGUCUCCAUGCUUUAUUGGAAAGAAUUGAGCAGCUAGAACGAAGAAAAUCGUCGUCGCCACAACGACAAGAAUCGACCGACUCUCGCGCUGAAUCUUAUGCAGAAGUUGCUGCUACUUCCGGGAAGAAAAAGCGUGGUAAAAAGAAAGGGAAACACGUCGACGAGAAGGCGGCGAAUGGCGGAUAUGUGGAUGUGGCCAAGAUCGAACUCGAUGAGCCAGAGAAUUCGGAGCAAGUUGUCAUGUCGGAUACGAUUUGCGUGGAUCCGGAGACGGGCCUGAAGAAACGAACCAUUGUGACCGAGCGAGUGCUUACGACGAAAACUUUUCACGCAUUGACUUUGGAUGGCGCUCCCGUCUUAAUGCCUUCGAAUGGACGUCAAUUGGGUCCGGUGUAUCAACCACGAUCUGUUCAAGUCGAGGCCGCUCAAUUGAAACAGAUCGAAGUCGAAUCUAUUUUUGGACAACUGGUGGUGGUAAAAGUACAUCCAGAUGCCACUCACAAUAUUCGCCCGGGUGAUUCGAUUACAGAAAUUGACGGAAACCCGGUAACGAAUCUUAAAGACAUCGAGAAUCUACGUGGCCACUCGACUCUCACUUUGACCACCUCGGCCAUCUAUCGCGGUCCUUCAAUUUUCUACAAAAUCAAUGGUGAAUACAGCUCUGAGAAAGAUGAAAAACGCAUUUGCCAGUGGUUGCCUAUUGAGGUGAAAAGGGGCGAUGUGGCAAGAAAAGUGAACGAUUUGACCCAUGUCGGAUAUCUUCCCACAAAUCUUGCCAUGGAAAAGGUCUCAAUGUUGUGUCCCUUUGGUCGUCGCGUGCUAGUGCUUUUGGGUGCUCCUGGGGUCGGUAGAAGGACUUUAAAAUCGAUGCUUUUGCGCUCAUCACCGGCUCACUUUGCUACAGUCAUUCCAAUGACGUCACGAGCUCCUCGUUCUUCUGAACAAGAAGGCCGAGAAUAUCACUUUGCUCGGAAAGAAGACAUGUUAAAACGUAUUCGCGACGGAGACAUGAUUGAAUGGGGUGAACUCGAUACGCAUUUGUAUGGGACAUCUGCUGAGUCGGUCCGUAACAUUGUGCGCGGUGGUCGAUUAUGUGUUCUAGAUUGUGCGCCAAGGGCUCUAUCGUACUUAUACAACGGAGAAUUUAUGCCAUUUGUGGUCCAUAUUGUGCCGCCGCAGCUCGACGAAUUUGUUCAACUGGAGACACUUCGACAAACAAGACGUACCACCGAACAGUUGGCACAAACUUGUCAAGAGAGUGAGAACAUUGCGAGUGGAACAAAUGCGACUCAAAUUCAUCUCACAUUAGUCAACAGAAACAUGGACGUGACCUUUAAACGUUUACUUGAUAACCUGGAAGCACUGCGAAGUGAAACACAAGUUGUCCCGGAUAGCUGGAUGUGC